AUGCGUCUUCUAUUUCUCACUUUAUUCGUCAAUGCAUAUGCAAUUGAUUUAACAAAAAUACCAAAACUAUCUGACCUAAUAAAUCCCUUCCAACAAUUUAAACUUCGAGAUAUUUUAUCUUCAAUCACUGAACUCGAAACGCCGGAUGUUGCAGCUGACUCUGCUGGAAUAUCAUAUCCAAAACAUGAGUAUACUGAUCGAUUGAGUAGCAUUUCAGAUAUUAAUAGAUCAAAGCGAGAUCUUCUAUUCCAAGGAGACAUUCACUUAUCAUUUGCACAUCUCUCAAACAUUGUUCGUGAACAACUUGAUCAUCCGAGACGAAAAAGAACUGCAUUUAGAAAUGAACAGUAUCCGAAAACUAUUUGGAAGCCCUAUGUGCCGUUUGAACUUCAUUCUUCUUUGUCUGCUAAAUCCCGUUCAUCACUUGUUGCUGCAAUGACAUUCUGGGAGAAGAACACAUGCGUCACAUUUAGAAAACGGACGGACGAAGAGGUGUAUCUGCUGAUGUCUGGCGCAGAAGAAGGAUGUUGGAGUACAGUUGGAAGGGAUGAAGAACAGAAAGCACAGAUUCUGAAUAUUGGAAUUGGGUGUGAGAUGUUUGGAAUCACUUCUCAUGAACUUGCCCAUGCACUGGGACUAUUCCACGAACAGUCGAGAUACGACAGAAAUAAUUAUGUGCAAAUUGUAAAAUCCAGAAUUGCACAGAAGAAUUUCUAUGAUUUCGCAGUUGUUGGAAUGAAGAAUAUGGACAUUUAUGGACAGAAGUAUGAUAUUGGAAGUGUGAUGCAUUAUAGACCAACUGAAUUUUCAAUUGAUGGUGGCAACACUAUAAUCGCAAAAGAUAUCAACAUGCAGAACACAAUGGGUCAAUUCCGUGGACCAUCUUUCCUCGAUGUUGCCAAAAUAAACCGACAUUACGACUGUGCAGUCAACUGUAAAAACAAGAUAAAGUGUGUCAAUGGGGGCUAUCAACAUCCCAGAAAUUGCAAUAUUUGUGUGUGUCCACCAGGUUAUGGAGGCAAGGAUUGUACAGGGAUUGAGGCAUCAAAUCCUGCAAAAUGUAAUGGAGUACUGGUGGCUGGAGAGACGCAGAGAAAGUUUACGAUUAACAUGAAACCAAAGAAUGUGGUGAAUGGAGUGAGGAAGUGUAACUAUCAUAUUCAGGCUCCACCUGGAAAACGAAUAGUUGUAAUCGUUGACUCAGUCAUUGGAAAUUGUGUCCAAGGAUGCUAUGAAGAAGGUGUCGAACUGAAAAUGUAUGAUGAUAAGACAGUGACUGGGGCAAGAUUUUGUUGCAAACUUCAAAAGCCUCAAACUUUGAUCUCGCAAGGGAACACUGUCCCAAUAAUGUUGGUGGCUGGAAAAGCUCAAAGUUUUGUUCAAUUGAGAUACUCUACAGUUGAUCAUCCACAAAACCGUAGUCCAAAAGAUGGAAAUGCAACAUCUGUGAGUGUAAAUCCAUUACUUUUGGAGAAAUAUUUAGAUGAAUCGAUCGACAGUGAAGCUAUUCGAAGGGAGUUCUUGAUUCAAUCAGACAAUGUGGAUCGAGAAGAUUUUGAAACAUUGGUUCGAAGAGAGUUCAUCGAUGAAAAUUCAAUUGAGAUUUGA